AUGGCCAUGCUCGCCCGAUCCGCGCACGGAGAGCUCCUCGUGGGCCUGAGCAGGGCCCAGGUGCGGCCCGUUCCGGACGGCCUCGCGUCGAAGCUCGUGACAGCGGGCCGCUUCGGCGGUCUCGCCGUACGUUCCACUGCGGACUGUCCCUUCGCAGGGGCCGGGUCGGACCUCCGCAUCCGCCUGGUCGUACCAAACGAUUACAUAGAGCAAUUCUCGGAGCUCCCAUCUCCCGCGCUCGACGACUGGGUGGCGCGAGAGGUGAGCGGGCCCCUCUCGCGGGGCUACCCGAUAGACUCGAUCCAGCUGGGGGUGACCCCGCUGGCCGCAGAGUACGCCGCGCGCUUCGGCGACUCCCUGCCCGCCGCGUCGAAGAACCUGGCGGAGCGCGUGAACCCGUUGGGGGUCGGCGUGACCGUCUCGGUCGGGCUGGACGACCUGUCCGCGUCCUACCCGCCCUCCGCCGGCAGGUUCGGUAUCGAUGCAGCGCCGGUGCUCGAGCGAACACUGCCCAGCGCCGCGGGGCUCAGCCUGGACGCUUACCCGUUCCUCCUGGCGCUGGGAGCGACCGACCCCGCCACGGUCGCCUUCCUCGCGCUGGAACCCACCGCUCAGGGAUUCUGGGACGACGGCGGUGGCCUCUGGUACGCCGACGCGCUCUCGUCCGUCCACGACGCCGCCGUCUACGCGCUCGAGGGGCUGGGCUUCGGCGACCUGCCGGUGUCCCUCACGACGGGCUGGCCUACCGACGGGGCCGCGGGAGCGACCGCCCGACGCACGGCGACCUUCCUGGAGGGGGCGGCGCGCUGGACGGCCGGCGGCGAGGGCUCGCCCAAGAGACCGGGCGCGAACAUGUCCCUGGUGUUUCGCGAACUGCUCGACGAAGACACCGCUGAGCUCACGGAAGAUGCGCCCUGGAGCAGGCGGUGGGGCAUAUACGAUUCAGCUGCCUCUUCUAAAUUGAACGUCAGCGCCGUGGGAACGUACGCCCUGGUGCCCGGCGUGGAUUACGAGACCGUGGACCGCACGUUCUGCGUGGUCCGGAGCGAGGCGCCCGACGACGCGUUGCUCUCCGGGCUAUCUUUCGCAUGCAACGCGACGGACUGCACGUCCAUCCAAAAAGACGCAUCGUGUUACUCGCCACCGAGUCUGAGGAGACAUGCCACCAUCGCAUACAACGGAUUCUUUCAGGAUAGAGGGCAGGACGCGUCCGCGUGCGAUUUCGGGGGGACGAAGGUUGCAAGACCAGAACAACCUAGAGAGGCGUGCGGGAUUCCCACCCCCGCAUCAGCCAGAGCGACGACAGUCGCCAGCGCAACGGGCCAUCCCAUAACAGCGUCCAGGGUCGCAAAGACCCGCCCCGUAGAAGGGCAUGCGGGCGUUCCCACCCCGCAACAAUCCGAGCGCGACGAGGGUUGCGACACCAGAACAACCUAG